AUGAGAGAAUAUGAUACUGACAAUUGGAAAUACUGGGAUACCAUCAUAAUCGUGAUCAUGAUUGCACACUUCUUCCUAGUCAUGAAGAAGAUAAGAGGAGCAAGAGAAGCUGUUAUGGCCGUAAUUACGAUCAUGCCCCUCAUUCUAAAGAAACCAACAAAAUUAGAUGGAACAGAGCCAACAAUUAAGCCAUACUUAUCACGACGGACCUCCAACAGCAUGGAUGACGAAUUGCAAUGA